UUACAGCAUCAAACUGCAAUUGAAAAGCACACUUAAGAAUAAGAGCACCUCACUUUCGGGCUUCAUAUAUCCAUGUUUUAUUAAAAGAAUUGAUCAAGUAUCAAAGCAGUGAUCGUGUCUGGUGAUUUAACAAUUGGAAUCAUGAAGGAAAUAUGUAUCAGAAGAAAAAGCCCUUGGGCAAGUGUAAAGUUUGGAGAUCACACACACAGCCUAAUGGAUAUAUACAAAGGUAAUUUUUAUGUUACUUUUACAGAAAGGAGGGUAGACCAAGAAACUGCCCAAGCAUCAAAAAAUAAUAUCAAUCCUUUAAUUCUUAACCUUAAUGUUGGGGGAAAAAUAUUCAAGAUUGACUGCUUUGUAGCAGCACAAUACCCUGUCACCAGGAUUGGAAGAAUGGCAACUUGUGCUGAUCCAGUAAAGAGACUAGAUCUCUGUGAUGACUUUUCAGUGCAGAGGAAUGAAUAUUUCUUUGAUCGGGAUCCUACAGUUUUCUGCUACAUAUUCCAUUUUUAUUGCAGUGGUAUACUCUGGAUAAUGGAUGAGCUGUGCCCAACUCAUUUUGUUGAGGAAAUAGAAUACUGGGGCAUUCAUUUAAACUACACACAUAAGUGUUGUCGAAGUCUCUUUGAAGAGCAUCAAGAUGAACUAAAAGACCAUCUUAAGAUACAAAGAGAACUCCAAGCUGAAGUUGAACGUCACGACCAUGAAAAGCACUUUGAAGGCAAAUGGCUUGGUAAUUUGAGGAAAAAAAUAUGGAAUUUGCUGGAAAACCCAUACUCGUCUAUUCCAGCCAAAAUGAUAGCCAUAUUAUCCAGCUUUUUUGUCUUGAUUUCUGUUGUAACCAUGUGUCUAAGUACCGUGGAGGAACUUAAACAUAUAAAUAUUUAUGGUAAACCCUGUAUGGAACAUGUGGAAAUUAUCUGUGUCAUUUUUUUCACAACAGAGUAUGUUAUGAGACUAUUUUCAACUUCAGAUAUCAUGCGAUUCCUAAAGACAGUGUUGAAUAUUGUCGAUCUUAUUGCUAUAUUGCCAUUUUACAUUCAGAUCAUUUUUGAGAGGUUCUCAGAAGAGGCAUAUGUGCAUUUGCACCCUGAUGACAUUGAAAAAAUGGAAAGAGUGGGACAACUUGGAAAGGUGCUCAAAAUUAUCCGUCUCAUGCGUAUAUUUCGGAUACUAAAAUUGGCCCGCCAUUCAAUUGGUCUGAGAGCUUUUGGUUUCACUAUACGUCAAUGCUACCAACAAGUUUGUUGCUUGUUUUUGUUUAUUACUAUGGGGGUAUUUACAUUCUCUGCUCUAAUGUAUUCGGUCGAACAUGACAUACCUGGGACUAAUUUCACCAGCAUUCCUGAUGCUUGGUGGUGGGCAGCGGUCAGCAUCUCCACUGUAGGUUAUGGUGAUACAAUUCCUGAUACAAUCUUGGGACGAAUUGUAGCUUUUCUAUGUAUAUCUUUUGGGAUCAUCCUUAAUGGCAUGCCAAUAUCAAUACUUUAUAACAGAUUCUCUGACUUUUAUGCAAAGCUUAAAGCACAUGAAAGUAGCAGUGCUUUGAAACCUGGCACAGAGAUCAGAUUCAAGGAGAGGAUCAUAAAGAAGAUCACAAAAUGCUGUGCCACAGGGCAAGGAAUCAAUUAUUAGGAGGACAAUCUAAGGACUCAUUCAGAAAGUAGUCACUUGUAAACUAUUGUAUUAGUAAAAUCAAAACUCUCAAUACACCAUUAAUGCAACCUAAAAUGCUGC